CCAAGUGGCCAGACCCUGGAGGAAAAGAUUAUCUAUGGAGUAGAGAAUAGCAGCACUUUUCUAGAGUGCAGUCCAAAAUCUCAGCGUGCCGUAGUCUAUUGGCAAUUCCAGAAACAAAAUGAUGACCGCAAAGAAGAGAUAAAAGUGGAUGAUCGAAUGAUACGGACAGAACAGGGUUUAUUGCUCCGAAGUCUUCAACGGAGAGACUCUGGUAUUUACUUUUGUCAUGCUGUGGAGCAUGGUUUCAUGCAAACUCUGCUCAAAGUGACCCUGGAAGUAAUUGAUACUGAUCACCUGGAAGAGCUGCUCCAUAAAGAAGAAGAUGGUGAUGCCUCCAAGAUCAAGGAUGCCACCAAUAGUAUGACCCCCAGUCAAAAAAUCUGGUAUAGAGACUUCAUGCAGUUAAUCAAUCACCCCAACCUCAACACCAUGGAUGAGUUCUGUGAGCAGGUUUGGAAAAGAGACCGCAAACAACGUCGGCAAAGGCCUUCCAAUACACAGGUGAAUACGAAUAAGUGGAAGCACCUACAAGAGAAUAAAAAAGGUAGGAACAGGAGGACCCAUGAAUUUGAGAGGGCACCACGGAGUGUCUGAGCUACAUUACCUCUAGGAACCUCAUCCAAGUAGAAACUUGUAUAGACAGAUAACUGGAAAAAAAAUGCAAUAUACAUGAACUUUUUCAUGGCAUUAUGUGGAUGUUUACAAGAGUGGAAAGCUCAAACGAUUUCCACCAGGUUUAAAAAAAAAUGAUUUCUAACUUUCCUAGUAAAUUCUUCC